UUUAUUGGAGAUCUGGGAGAGCGGGAACGCGUAGAGUUUCCACUCGCUCCUCCUGCUUUUCCUCUAUAAAAACCUUCUCCUCUACUCCUUCUCUCCUUGCCUUUCCUAACAUACUCUCUUUCGCUGUUUUCUCUUUUUUGAGAUCUGUGCGUUUCCUUCGUUUCUCUUCAGCCUUCAUUUUGUAACGCUCGCAGCUAUGACUCCUCCAAUUGAGACCAUAACGAAGGCUCUUGCAACUAACCAAUCCCACCAUCCACCUCUCAAUGAAAGGAUAAUUUCCUCAAUGACUAGGAGGUCAAUUGCUGCGCACCCUUGGCAUGAUCUUGAGAUAGGACCUGGAGCUCCAAAGGUUUUCAACUGUGUAAUUGAAAUUGGGAAAGGGAGUAAGGUGAAGUAUGAACUUGACAAGAAAACUGGACUGAUAAAGGUUGACCGGGUGCUUUACUCUUCAGUUGUGUAUCCCCACAACUAUGGCUUCAUUCCUCGCACUCUUUGUGAGGACAACGAUCCUAUGGAUGUCCUAGUUAUCAUGCAGGAACCAGUUCUUCCAGGAUGUUUCCUUAGGGCUAAAGCUAUCGGGCUCAUGCCAAUGAUUGAUCAGGGUGAGAAAGAUGACAAGAUAAUUGCUGUUUGUGCUGAUGAUCCUGAGUAUCGACACUAUGAUGAUAUCAAGGAGCUUCCACCACAUCGUUUGGCUGAGAUCCGCCGAUUCUUUGAAGACUACAAGAAAAAUGAGAACAAGGAGGUUGCGGUUGAUGACUUUCUGCCAGCCUCUGCUGCCUAUGAAGCAGUCGAGCAUUCAAGGGAUCUGUAUUCCGAGCACGUAAUGGAGAGCUUGAAGCGGUAGUAGAUGGUUCGAGUAAGAAGUUGGUGAUGUUUAUAUAUAGGAGAUGCUGUCAAAGCGUAUGAGAGUACGUGUUUUUAUAAUUAGAUUGAUUCGUUAUGUUGCUUACGGCAAUGUUGAACGGUGAUGAUGACGAUAUCAACAGUCCCAUCUUAUAUUCCUUUACUAUUACCAACAAUGGAGAAGAAGACACAUAAGAAUUUAUGGCCUUUUUUUUAUUUUUAUUUUUUUAAUAAUGCUUAUUAUUGUAUAAGGAUGGUGCUUGAAUGUUUUGAUAUCUUUAUCAAGAUUUACUUGUGUUGUAGUAUCAUUUUGUUGUUGGAUCUCAACUAUGGUUACUUA